AUGGCCCUGCGCACGUCUGCUGAAGACGCCGAAGAUGCGGCAGCUGGCUUCACUACUUUCCGUGCCCCUCUUCCCGAACAUGCGGCCGAGGUGACCGGCCUCAUAUCCGAUCUAUAUGCGAUCAGCUCUUCCUUGACCAGCCUGGACGCAUUUUCGCAAAAUGUCCAGUACCGUCGCAAUUGGCCCCGCGUCCAAUCCGAUGUCGAAUUGGUGCGGAGCAGCCUGAAAUAUACUUUUGAGGAUAUUCAUGAAUAUAUGCACCGCCUGGACAAUGGCAGAAAUACCCCGGAGAAUUACAAGCGCGUUUGGGUGUCUAUGAGUCGGUUUUUCUGGGAUGAGUCGCAGUAUGCGCUUUCAACUCGCCUGGCAAGAUAUAGGAUUUUCCUCAGAGAGCUGGGUGAGAUGGUGAAGAGUCGUAAUUAUGACUCGUCGCUCCUCGGAAGCACUCGCAACGGCCUGAGAGAGCUGCUUGUCUUGCAGGAACAUCGAUUGCUUCCUCAAGGUCUUGGAUCAUUAGAGCUUGGUCAGGACCCUCUUGGUCCUACUUCGAUCCCUCGUCCCGCCUCUCGCCCCCCAUCCAGAGGCAACGUGCGUCCCACCUCUCGCCCUCCAUCCAGAGGCAACAUACCUCGCCCUCCAUCUAGAGGCAACAUCGCCGAGCCUCUGAGCCCAAUAAGCCCGGUCAGUGACCGUGAUCACCGUCGACGCCGAUCCUUUGAGCGAGUUCGACCUGCACAUCUAUCUCCUCAGUCACCCCUGUCACCUUCGUCUGGUACGGGCACAUUUUCCGAUAGUAUUCCUCCUUCUGUCCCCGAGGCUCCUUACUCGCCAUUGACUGGAUCAGUGUCUGCCACUACAAAUACCAGCCACUCCACCCAGAAUGAUGCCAUACAGUAUCAUUGGAUAAAAGAAAUCUUUAGCAGUUAUGAUACAGAGACCGCGAUUCCGAACGGACCAGAAAAGGCAGGAUGUUUCGACGAUUCCCACCCAGGAAUCAAGCAGAUUCUCAAAGAAAAAGGAUUUGAGCGAAUUCUUCAAUUGGCCUUCAAUGACGAAUCGGAGAUGACUAUCUAUUUCUAUCUACGGGAGAGAGACCACCGCGCUCGAAUAGUGUGUAAGGUACCUCACCGUACUCGAUCCAGUGAAUACUUCUGUCUACCUCUGAACAUGCUGGAAAUUGUCCGAGCAGGGUCCUGCCUUCAGUUGUGCCGGAGAAAAAACUCAGGCAAGGAUUUGAUCUUGUGGGCCCGUCUGAAGUUCACCACAAUUGAAAGUAUGGUCGUGUUCUUCUGUGCGUUCUUGGCCCUUCGCUCUCAAGAUGCCGGUCGACCGGUUGACGAUAUCCGGGACUACGAACUCGACGAGGAAGAGGAGCUUUUUGGCGGCCAAAUCGUCGAUGACAACUAUCCCCAUGCUUUACGUGUGUAUCAAGAUAGUGUCUCAGGAGCUGUUCGACUGCAGGCAUCUGUUCACAAAGGGAUUAUGGACCGAACCCCUGUCUGGACUGCCUUCGUUACUCAUCAGAUCAAGCGACGGGGCUGGUUGAAGCCCUUGGAUUCACGGACCGUGUUAGUGAGGGACCUGAAGCUUACCAUCCUCAUGUCGGCGGAGGACUAUAAUCCGCCUACCACGGCCCGUGGGGAGCAUGUAUUGAAAUUUGCUAGUCGGAGUGAUGCUGACGGCUUCUUGGACACGAUGGAAGAUAUAGCGAUGACCAUUCGGUAG